AUGGCCGUGGAUCCCCUUACAUUUGUUGCUCAGUUAAAAGCAUUGUGUUCAGAGGUCACCAAAGAUCCCUCCGGUGAGAGUUGGGUGUCCAGUCUUGAUGCAGGUGUUCAACUCUGUGACACAUCCUUGUCAGACGUCAACCUCUGCCCAACAGAACAUGCUACUGCAAUUACUGAGCUAGAAAGUCAGGCAGUGGGGCUCUGGAAUUUUUCUGUCACUCAGAAAACAAAGGGUUCAAUUUCCAAUGCUUCAAAUGCAAAGAUUCGCCACAUCGCCUUCACCGUGCUGGAAUUGUGUGGACAGGGGAAUGAAAAUGAUGCGUCUACUAAGAGGCUGAUUAUGAUGGGUCUUAAAACUGGCAGAGCUUGGUUAGAUGCAGGAGUGCCUCAGAUGUCAGAGAAGGUCUUAUCUACAACAGAGAAGAUAAUUCAGAGAGUACGAAGAGGUUUGGUGGAGGGUGGCCAGGCUGGGCCAGGAGAGGAGGCAGUGGACAGGGGAAAACUUCAGCUGGACCAGGACACCUUCACACUGGCCUGCUACAGGGCUGAGACCUAUGUCGCUAUGCACUGUCCUGACGAGGCAUUGCACUACAUGAUGAUGGCCAAAGAUCUGGUACCCAAGUUCCCAAAACAGGCAGGAUUCCUAUCCAUGCUAUGCUACAACUGCGGUGUAGAGCUGUACCAACAAAAGCUGUACAGCCCAACCAUCCUCUGGCUCCGUGAAAGCUAUGAGCUGGGCAAGGGUGUGCAAACCAUUGGGCCCAGGAACCAGGCCCGCACCCUGCGCCUGCUUGCCACAGUUUACUUGGACAACAACCCAGAAGAGGAGAUGCAGAAUGCCCUGAAUGCCGUCAGCCUGGCCAACACUGAGCACAGUCACCCAGCUGGCCUGUUUCUGAAGCUGCGGAUCCUCAUGCUACAGAGUGCCGACACAGCACAUGUCAAGAGAUGUGUUGAGGAAUUGUUGAAGGUUCCAGAGCUCACUGUGGACCUUUGUCUGCACACACUACAGCUCAUCAAUAAACAUAAAAGGAUGAAUGUUGUGAUGUGGCUGAUAGAGAAGCUGUUACAGAGGUUUGAGCAUUCCCCGGACCUGGGUAAACUACUGGUGACCAAUACUGAGGUUCUCCUGCAGGCUGGAAUGAUCAAGGAAGUCAAGGAGUUUGUAGAAUUCUGUAUCAAUGCCCACCACACAGGGAAGUCUUUGGACUUUGCAAUAAAGAAAAGAUUCCAUAUUUUGUUCUGGGAACAGGCUGCUGUGGCCUACGAGAAAGAGAAUUACCAGGAUGCAUUGGAGUGGUACAACUAUUCUCUGGCUCUCUAUGGCCAGUCUGACCCAGGGGACGUAACUCUUGCUAAACUACACAGGAACAGGACUAACUGCUACAUAGCUCUUAAACUCCAUUGCAAGGCUGAAGAAGCUAUAAGUGUCUCCCUAAAGUGUGACCCCAGCUGUCCACAGACCCACUACAUCAUGUUCACACUGGCACUUCAGCAGAAUGACUCUGGAAAAGCUAGUGAGAGCCUGGGUCGCCUUUGUGAGCUGUGUGGUGCAGGAGGCAUGCCUGACUGUGGCGGAGACAGGCUAGAGACUGCUUCAUUGGUGGCCCUUGCGGCACAACAUGCUCUGGAGAGUGAUUGUGUAGAGACAGCAGUUAAGGCCCUUGACCAUCUAGCCAAGACCAGCUCAGACAGGGAACAGGUGCUACGUUCUCUAAGAUGUCUGGUCAGACUGUCACUGACAAUGGCUGACAAGGACAACACUGAAAGAGAUGAAGGGGUGAUCAAAAUCAUUGAAUACAUUAGAAAAGCCAAGGAGCAGCUUUGCGGCCUGCAGCCAACUGCUCCUGCCAGUGAGAAGUGUAUUCGCCUGGAGGCUGACUGGUUCAUGAAGAUUGCAUGGAACAUGGCCCUGCAGUGUGAGGAAAAGCCACAACAAAUGAAAGAACUCUACACAUUAUGUUCUCAGUUGUUGCCCCUGUGUGGUGAAGAGAGCAGUGGGGAGGGAAGACAGAUGACCUGUCUCCUUAUGUCUGCAGCUGCCUGUCUACAACUGGCCAGAAGUGAUCCAGAUGCAGAUCAAAGGAAGCUUGUCCUGGAGGAAUGUCUGGAGCAUAUCACCAACUGCAGAGACACAUGUAGGAAGCAGGGAUCCAACACACCUGAUACUCGAGGCCGGGAAACGGACAUUCUGCUGCUGCUGUAUGAGUUUGAGGCCCGUGUUCAGCUCAAGGACUCGGCGGUAGAGACUGUCCUAGAAAGGGCUUUAACCACUGCAGGUUCUGACCCGAAAACAUUCGAGACACUUGCAGCUAUAGCCCUGGAGCCACCAGCCCAUAACAAGGGUGUAGCAGUGAGAGCCCUGAAAGUUGCCAUUAGGAAACACCUCCAGUCGCCCAUACCUGACAUACAGAAGUGCAGCAAGUUGUACCACAGCUUGAUCCAGUUGGGCCUGAGUAGUGGUGCGGGCCAGGGUCCGGCCAGCAGAGAAGAGGCCUGGGGCUACUACAUCGAGAUACUGGACCUGGUGGACAAGUCCAGGGAUGUGGGGGGUUCAUAUCCGGAGAUGGAGUUAGUCUGGUUGAUGACAAAGGCAUGGAACUGUGGCAUAAACUUCUAUAGUUAUAGUCGCUACCAAGAUGCGGAGAAGUGGUGUGGACUGAGUAUGAGGAUGCUGAAACAUCUCGACACAUUCAGGAACAACUACCAGGAACAUAUGAGUGGUAUAUAUGCAGACAUACUGGCUAAAGUGCAGACGUAGACAGGAUUACGGCUUUCUGAUUUAAUUGGCCAAUAAAAAUAAACAACUAUAUUUUUUCAUGUCAUAUUUCUUGUUGAAAUCCAUUGCUGUUUUUAUAGCAAACAUGUCUUGGGAAAAUAUACCAGCAAAUCUAUUUAUUUACCUCUAUGUCACACUUGUUCCUAGGUUAUAUUGUUAGAUUUGUACCAUGUUUUAUUUGCUAAAAUUAAAAAUAACACAUU